CGCCGCCGCCGAGAUGGCCCGUGCGCGGAAGCGCGACCGCCUGCGGUGGAGCAAGCUCUACACCUUCUCCUGCUUCCGGCACCCGCACACCGACGAGGGCGGCGGCGGCGGCGCGGGGCCGUCCGCCGCGAGCGGCAGCCCGGUGGGCGGGCCGGGCUUCUCGCGCGUCGUGCACUGCAACAACUCCAUCCUGCACCGCCGGAAGCCGCUCAAGUACCCCACCAACUACAUCUCCACCACCAAGUACAACGUGCUCACCUUCCUGCCCAAGGCCAUCUUCGAGCAGUUCCGCCGCGUCGCCAACCUCUACUUCCUCCUCACCGCCAUCCUCUCCCUCACGCCCGUCUGCCCCUUCUCGCCCGUCAGCAUGAUCGCGCCGCUCGCCUUCGUCGUCGGACUCAGCAUGAUCAAGGAGGCGCUCGAGGACUGGCGCAGGUUCAUGCAGGACAUGAAGGUCAACAACCGCAAGGUCAGCGUGCACAAGGGCGACGGCGAGUUCGGGUUCAAGCACUGGGAGGACCUCUGCGUCGGCGACGUCGUCAGGGUCGAGAAGGACCAGUUCUUCCCCGCCGACUUGCUGCUCCUCUCCUCCAGCUACGAGGACGGCAUCUGCUACGUCGAGACCAUGAAUCUCGAUGGCGAGACAAACCUCAAGCUCAAGAGGUCGCUCGAGGUUACUCUGCCGUUGGAAGAGGACGAGACCUAUAAGGAUUUCCGGGGAGUCAUAAGGUGUGAGGACCCCAACCCAAGCCUCUACACGUUCAUCGGUAACCUCGAAUACGAGAGGCAGAUAUACUCCAUCGACCCGUUUCAGAUACUUCUCAGGGACUCCAAGCUCAGGAACACAGCCUUCAUCUAUGGAGUGGUCAUUUUCACUGGCCACGACAGCAAGGUGAUGCAGAAUUCUACAGAGUCGCCAUCAAAGAGGAGCAGGAUUGAGAAGAAGAUGGAUCUGGUCAUAUACAUUUUGUUCACUGUCCUGGUGCUAAUCUCCCUCAUCAGUUCCAUCGGUUUCGCGGUCAGGAUCAAACUUGAUUUGCCCAGAUGGUGGUACUUGCAGCCUGAGAAGUCCAACAAGUUGGAUGAUCCAACACGCCCCGCUCUUUCUGGGAUAUUCCAUCUCAUCACAGCGCUCAUUCUCUAUGGGUAUUUGAUUCCGAUCUCUCUGUAUGUCUCGAUUGAAGUCGUGAAGGUAGCACAAGCACAUUUCAUUAACCAGGACCUUCACAUGUUUGAUGAGGAGACUGGCAACACUGCUCAGGCCCGUACGUCCAACUUGAAUGAGGAGCUUGGCCAAGUUCAUACGAUUUUGUCUGAUAAAACAGGCACCUUGACCUGCAAUCAGAUGGAUUUCUUGAAGUGUUCGAUUGCUGGUGUAUCAUACGGUGUGCGAGCGAGUGAAGUUGAAAGGGCUGCUGCAAAGCAGAUGGCGUCUGGUGCUGCUGAUGACCAGGAUAUUUCUCUAGAAGAUGUAUGGGAGAAUACUGAGGAUGAAAUCCAGCUAUUGGAAGGAGUUAACUUCAGCGCGGGAAAUACCCCAAAGCCCUCGAUAAAAGGCUUCAGUUUCGAGGAUAACCGUCUUAUGCAGGGGAACUGGACCAAGGAACCAAAUUCUAACAUGGUUCUUCUCUUCUUCCGGAUACUUGCUCUUUGUCACACUGCAAUCCCAGAGGUGAAUGAGGAGACGGGUGCUCUUACCUAUGAAGCAGAAUCACCUGACGAGGGGGCUUUUCUUGUGGCAGCCAGAGAAUUUGGAUUUGAAUUUUCCAAGAGAACACAAUCGAGUAUAUUCAUCAAGGAGAAAUACACUUCGUCUAAUGGCACAAUUGAAAGGGAGUUCAAGAUUCUCAAUUUAUUGGAAUUCAAUAGCAAAAGGAAGCGAAUGACGGUAAUUCUGAAGGAUGAAGAUGACCGUAUUUUUCUUCUUUGCAAAGGAGCAGACACGAUUAUAUUUGAUAGAUUAGCAAAAAAUGGAAGGUUGUAUGAGCCAGAUACAACCAAGCAUCUCAAUGAGUAUGGUGAGGCAGGCUUGCGGACGUUAGCGCUAUCGUACAGAAUGCUCGAGGAAUCAGAAUAUGCUUCUUGGAAUGCUGAGUUUCUUCAAGCGAAGACAUCGAUAGGGCCUGAUAGAGAAUUGCAACUCGAGCGGGUCGCAGAUUUGAUUGAAAGGGAACUGAUCCUUGUUGGCGCAACAGCAGUAGAGGACAAACUACAAACAGGGGUUCCUCAAUGCAUCGAUCGUUUGGCACAAGCAGGUCUCAAAAUCUGGGUUCUAACGGGUGAUAAGAUGGAAACUGCAAUUAACAUAGGAUAUGCAUGCAGUUUACUUAGGCAAGGCAUGAAACGGAUAUCCUUGUCUACAACGGCUGGUGACCAAGUAGCCCAGGAUGCACAAAAGGCGGCGAAGGAGAGUCUCAUGUUGCAAAUUGCCAAUGGUUCACAAAUGGUUAAGCUAGAGAAGGAUCCUGACGCAGCAUUUGCUCUAAUUAUUGAUGGAAAAGCUCUGACAUUUGCUUUGGAAGAUGACAUGAAGCAUAUGUUCUUGAAUCUGGCAACAGAGUGUGCUUCUGUCAUAUGUUGCCGUGUGUCUCCAAGGCAAAAAGCAUUGGUGACCCGGCUGGUUAAGGAAGGGCUUGGAAAAACCACUUUAGCAAUAGGUGAUGGUGCAAAUGAUGUGGGCAUGAUUCAAGAAGCUGAUAUUGGUGUUGGUAUAAGUGGAGUCGAGGGCAUGCAGGCUGUGAUGGCAAGUGACUUUUCUAUUUCCCAAUUUCGGUUCCUCGAGCGACUCCUUGUUGUACAUGGUCAUUGGUGCUACAAGAGAAUUGCACAAAUGAUCUGCUACUUCUUUUACAAGAAUAUUACCUUUGGACUUACAAUAUUUUACUUUGAGGCAUUUGCUGGAUUUUCUGGGCAAUCAGUUUAUGAUGAUUGGUUUAUGCUGCUUUUCAACGUUGUUCUUACCUCUCUACCUGUUAUAUCACUUGGAGUAUUUGAGCAAGAUGUUUCCGCUGAAAUCUGCUUACAGUUCCCAGCAUUAUAUCAGCAAGGACCAAAUAACCUUUUCUUUGACUGGUACCGGAUUUUAGGAUGGAUGGGGAAUGGCCUUUACUCUUCUCUGGCAAUAUUCUUUCUCAACAUCUGUAUAUUCUAUGAUCAAGCAAUCCGUUCUGGGGGACAGACUGCCGACAUGGCUUCAGUGGGAACCACCAUGUUCUCCUGCAUCAUCUGGGCUGUGAACAUACAGAUUGCUCUGACAAUGAGCCAUUUCACCUGGAUUCAACAUGUGUUUGUGUGGGGCAGCAUAGGGACUUGGUAUGUCUUCAUUAUCGCAUAUGGGAUGGCUUUGAAGUCCCGUGACAACUACCAGAUUAUGUUAGAAGUUCUGGGGCCAGCUCCCUUGUACUGGGCAGCGACACUUCUGGUGACGGCUGCUUGCAACAUCCCCUACUUGAUUCACAUAUCCUACCAGAGAUCGUGCAAUCCACUUGAUCACCAUGUGAUUCAGGAGAUCAAGUACCUACGGAAAGAUGUCGAAGAUGAAACAAUGUGGAAGAGGGAGCGGUCUAAGGCCAGACAGAGGACCAAGAUUGGUUUCACCGCAAGGGUGGACGCAAAGAUUAAGCAGAUCAAGGGGAGAUUGCAUAAGAAAAGCCCAUCGUUGACCAUCCAUACUGUAGCCUAGAACAUCUCUGAGUUGCCUGAUAGUCUUGCCGGCAGUAGUUGUAGCCUUUACCUUGCUCCUGCAAGUCAGCGGUUUAUGGCUUCACUGAGCGUUAAGGCGUUUUUCUUCUUCUUUGUCCUCCCUAAUUUUUUCUUUCAAUUUGUUGCUGUUCUUUUGUCCUCUCCAUUUGUGUAAGAAGUGUUGAGUUGUAAUUGGUGGCCUUACACCACCUGAGUAGAAGUUCCAAAGCCAGGCUUGUAAAAAGUAUAGCUCCUUUCAGUUGGAGAAACAACCUACCGAGAUACAGUAGCUGACAGUAUAUGUAUAUCUGCAAUUUUGACUA